AGUCGUCCGAGGAGUCGUGAACAACUCUUGAACCAGGGUCACCUUUUUCUUAUUUAUAAAGAUGUUAUGUACCAUUUUAAUGACAUUUAUGGUUAAUUGAAUAGAUGUUUUGUGGUUUGUGGCAGCUGUAGGUUUGUCUGUGUGGUAAUGUAAACCCUGUAUUAGCCCAUUAGACAGAUGACAGUGGCAGGGUGUUGCAGGGUGUUGUUUGUUCGCUGCUCAGUGAUAAGAGAUGCUGCUGACAGGCGGCUGUCAGUCGCAGAUAAUAACCGCCUGAACUCGACAAUGAACUGACAAUGGCUACAAACUAACUCCAAAAUAUAGGUGGACCUGAGGUGUAACCGCAACUACGCCAAAUCCAGCACUGUCUCUAAAGAAAUAUUUUGUCAUUGCGUGGAAUUGUUUCAUCUCUGGAAAUGCGAUUUUUAAUUCGAUGGACCAAUGGAGUGUGUUUGUCAAAGCUGAAAGUGGGCAGCUCCUCCAGACGGUUAUGGCUUGACCACCGCCUAAAGCUCUCCACGACCUUUGGCAGAAAAGGAUUGUUGUCCUUCGCCUGGAGCCAACACAGAGGUCCCCCAGUCCUCUGUUUACACAGGACUGCCCCCCACACACCUGUUGCCUUUACCAGAUCUUUUGCACAAUAUGAAUCGGAGAAGUCUGAAGAAAAACCUGAUCCAGCAAAAUCAAUUGUUCCAUUGGAAGAUGUCAGAAGAAUUUUAAAACUUGCCUAUCCAGAGAGAUGGAAACUUGCAGCUGCUGUAGGGUUCUUGUCCAUCUCCAGUGCAGUCACCAUGUCGGCUCCCUUUUUCCUGGGUAAAGUCAUUGACACUAUUUACUCCACUGGCUCAGACACAGAGACAAUGGCAGCAUCGCUCACAUCCCUGUGUCUCAUGCUCACCGGUGUGUUUCUCUGUGGUGGAGCCGCUAAUGCUGCCCGUGUGUACCUCAUGCAAACUUCUGGUCAACAGAUUGUACGUAAUCUCCGCGACUCAGUCUUCUCCUCCAUUCUGAGGCAGGAAGUGGCCUUUUUCGACAGGAAUAGGACUGGGGAACUUAUCAACCGCCUCUCCGCUGACACCACUGUGGUUGGUCGCUCAAUCACGGACAAUAUGUCUGACGGUUUGAGGGCAGUUGCUCAAGCAGCUGCAGGUGUCAGUAUGAUGUUCUAUGUGUCUCCCAGUCUCGCAAGCUUUGUACUGCUGAUCGUCCCUCCGGUGGCAGUCCUUGCAGUCAUUUAUGGCAGAUAUCUUCGGUCAAUCUCCAAAAAAACACAGGAUGCACUUGCCCAGGCAACACAGUUGGCAGAGGAGAGAAUCGGCAACAUCCGAACAGUUCGAGCAUUUGGUAAAGAGCUUUCGGAGGUCGUCACAUACUCCCAAAGAACGGACAGUGUCCUCAGUUUGGCUAAGAAGGAGGCAAUGCUCAGAGCUGGCUUCUUUGGCGUGACUGGCCUCAGUGGAAACAUCAUGAUCCUAUCCGUGCUUUAUAAAGGAGGACUUUUGAUGGCCAGCCAACACAUGACAGUGGGGGAACUCUCCUCUUUCCUCAUGUACACGUUCUGGGUCGGCAUUAGUGUUGCAGGCCUCAGCACUUUCUACUCUGAACUGAUGAAGGGUUUUGGAGCAGGUGCAAGACUGUGGCAACUGCUGGACAGGACCCCGGAACUUCCUUUAAACGAAGGCCUGGUCCUGGAUGAUCAUAAGCUGAAAGGGCUUCUGGAGUUUUCGAAUAUCACUUUUGCCUAUCCCACGCGAAAGGAAGCCCCGAUCUUCCAGAACCUCAGUCUGCUGGUGCCCGCAGGUUCUGUCAUGGCUGUUGUGGGUCCGAGUGGUUCAGGAAAAUCCACUUUGGUCUCACUCCUCCUCAGACUAUAUGAUCCUGAUACUGGCUUUAUUACACUAGAUGGCCAUGACAUCAGAGAUCUCAACCCUUACUGGCUCCGGAGUAACAUAGGAACAGUAAGCCAGGAGCCUGUGUUGUUUUCUUGUUCGAUCAGAGACAAUAUAACAUAUGGUGCUCCAGAGCCAAGCGCUGUAACAACAGAAGAGAUCUAUCAAGUGGCCAGAGCUGCAAAUGCAUUUGAUUUCAUUCAGGCCUUUCCAAAUGGCUUUGACACAAUAGUGGGAGAGAAAGGAGUAUUGCUGUCAGGUGGACAGAAGCAGAGGAUAGCUAUAGCCCGAGCACUGCUUAAGAAUCCCAAGAUCUUGCUCUUAGAUGAAGCUACAAGUGCUUUAGAUGCAGAAAAUGAGUUCUUAGUUCAAGAGGCCUUGGAGCGUUUGAUGGAAGGAAGAACUGUCUUGAUUAUUGCACACCGCCUCUCCACUAUCCAAAAUGCUAAUGCUGUAGCUGUUCUGGACCAGCAGCGGAUUGCAGAGGUCGGCCAGCACAGAGAGCUGCUCAGUAACAGAGAGGGACUGUACAGGAGACUGAUGGAAAAGCAAGCAUUUCUACAAGAAGAGCAGAAACGAGCCCUGAGUUAAGAGCACACAGCUUAAAUACAAACUGUAUUUAUGAUGCUCAUAUAACAUGACAAAUGACAUCAGUUGGGACAACAACAAACAAAAAUUAGCUUUAAAACUACCAUGGAAAAACUUUGACUACUACAGAUUGUAGCAUUAGUUGGAAAUCACAAUACACAUAGCAACUGUCUAUUGUGGGUUCAAAUUAGGAAAAAUAAGUGUUGUCAAUUUUUUAACUCAAGGAGUGAAGUCAAAUCACUGUCUGUGCCAUUAGUGAACACAGUGUAGAUUCAGAUAAUAGUUUCUUAAUUUAUAAAGUAUAUAAUGAUGCCUAUAUAUUUGUGAUGUUAAAACUUGCACUAUUUUUAGGGGAUAUAGAGAUGUAGAUAAUUUAACUCAAGCAGCUAUGGUUUAUUAUUCAGUUGUGUUAAACUGAACUAAACACUAUUUUGCUUUAAUAUAGUAUAUCAUAGAUUUAUAUGUACUGGUAUAUUUAUGAGAAAGUGUCCAUGCAAAAGACAAUGACAUGUUCAUUAGGUAGUCCUAUGUUUCUACUUUUACUAAGAAAAGUAGAAAUGCAGGUCAAAAUAAUUAACAAUCUGUGGGUUAAUAAACAGUUUAAGUGAUUCUUGUAAUGACUGUAGCAAAAGAAAAAUUCAAUUCUGUCAACUGGACAAAGGUUUUAGAGUGAAGACGUUUGGCCGCUCAUCCAAGCAGCUUCUUCAGUUCUGGUCAAAUUGCUGGUGAACACUGCCUUAUAUAUAUUUGAAAGGAGGAGCUAAGUCUAAAACUUUUGUCCAGAAUCUUGAACUCAAUGCUUUGCUUUUGUAAACAGAAGGUUUAAAUGUAAAUUGAAUGCGUUCUUUUUGAUGUAGGAACAAUAAUUUGUUAACCACACUUCUGUUUUAAAAAUGUUUAAAGGUGCUUUUUUAUUCAAAGAAUACAAGCUUUAUUGUAAUGUCAAUAAAAAGGAAUAUGAAGACUUAUGCC